CAGCAGCUGUCUUAAAAAGCCAUGAGCUCAUUAGCUGGAUGAGUUGCAGCUGAGAACAAUGAAGUGCCAGAACCAGCCAGCAGAGAUCUCACAAACCUUACCUCCCUUUCAGAAGUAGCAGACAAAGGGACUCUCAAAGUCAUCGACAUGUCAAUGCCCACUACUAUGCUACAUGGGGAUUAUAUUGUUCUUGAUCUUGUCCAAGACUCCGAAGUCCCCAGUGCUUCCUCUGUUAACCACUCCCUUCUGUCUGAUGGAUCUGUGGACACAGAUGUGUUGUCAUCAAAUGAGUAAACAAGCUCACGGUCUUCUUGGCCUCCUGUCUUUUAUGUGCCCAAGUUUCCCUAUGAUGCGGAAUGAAAACUUGAGAAGGCAAGUAUGGCAUACAAUCAGAAUGGAACUGUACUUAUUCCAGAUCCGAAGUUGAAGUCAACCAUCCUUGAUGGUUUUGUGCAGGAAAUUGUCCAGUACAAAGUGUAUGUCAGUGAUAAAGAAAUGGAUCAAGUUGCUCAGAGUCUGAUCAAGAAGCAUCCCUGUCUAACUGAGAGAGGCUCCACCACUGGAUGUGGAGGAUGGAAGACCAGCUUGAAAUAUAAACUUGCCAACUAUCAAACCCAGCUACGAAAACUGGGGUGCCCAGAGGUGACUGUUAACAUCUUUAAAGAACAAACCUGUUGGAAGAUGCAGCGCAGCCUUUGGUGUCAAAAAAGCAAAGAGGGCAGAAGUAAACUUUUGCCCAAUAUACCCAUCAGAAGAAACUGAGGAAAGUCUAGAGGUGAUGUGGAACGCUUUACUCUUGGACUUAAAGAAGAGGAACAACAGAGAGUUGGUGAAACUAAAGAUGGAAAAAACAUUUGCAUACAGAAGACAUGAAAUUGUUCGUGAUGCACCAAUGGUGGAGGCUUUAAUGGCAAGAUGGCCUGCUCUAUUUGACAUCCGUGAGAUCAAUGCUGAGUUUAAGAGAAUUACCACCAUCCCACUUCAGUCAAAGUUCUUAUCUCAGCUGGACCUCCAUUUUAACAACCUGAUGAAGCUGUUCAAAAGAAGAGGAGGACAGUUUGGACAAAAGUUGAAACAAAUUGUGGCACAAAUGGAUGAUUGUGAAGAUGUUGAUACAGGACGAGUGUGUGUCAUUAAGAGAGUGUCCAUCUACAUGGGAGAAGAUUCCGACCACCUCAUCCGAGAGUAUGUGGGUAUGGAUGAAGCUGCCAUCAAUGAGGCCAUUGAAGACAGCACUGUUGGAACUUAUCUUAUCAAGGAAGAAGCUUCAGCACAUGCACAAGAGGUUGGAGUUGUUCUUGAAGGCAUCAGGGUGAUGACUAACUUGGAUAAUAUAGCAUUUGCUGUGGUAAUGCUAUUUGGACUAAUAUAUGUGCUGAAUCUUGCAUAUCCUGCUGACCCUUGCUACACUUUUGAGGUGUUCCAGAAGAUUUUUAUGGAACUGGAUAGAGGUAAACUCUCCAACAAGGCGCUAGCUCUCAAAAACCGCCUCUUUGAAUGAGGCGUCAAAGAUCUUGAUUUUUUUCAUUUUCUAUGCAGUUAUGUUGUGAUGCUCACGGUUUCUUUUCUUUUUUUCUAUCUCUUUUCCUCAUGACUCCAUUGCUGGAUAAAAGUAUUUUCCUUUUUGUGUUCCAAUGUUUAGAAGAAAUGUUUGAGGGAUUGUAGAGAUAUGUUCUGGGUCAACCUUGAAGUAGCAGUAAGAAACCUUUUAUUAAAAAGAUGUUUUUUACAUAUUGUUUAAAAUGUCACUAAGUCAUUACAGUAUAACAUGAGACAGAUAAAUUGAAAAAAUAAUAAUUUCUGUCUUAUACUGAUGGCAUAGGGACUGUUUUUGCAAAUAUGUAAAAAACAUUUAUUAUAAAAUUUGCAUACUGCUGCUUUCAUGUUAUGUUAAGAAGAUUCAUGUAGUUGUUCAACAAUGUCAUCUAAGUGUAAAAUGUUGCUAUUAUUCUAAAUGGCUAAUUACAAAAGGUGUAUUAGGAUGUGAAAUCCUUAGCUGCUUGCGUUUUUCUUAAUUUUAGCUGAAAUUUUUUUAAACGGUACACACAUUCCAUGCGUUUCUCUUCAAAUUCAGUGUAAUGGGAAUUUUAGAAAUAUUUCAUACAAAAACAAGUUAUGCAUCUUUAAACCUGUUUAUUAAUAGAAGUUUGUUUCUAUUUUCAGGUAAGUCCUAAUUUAGUAUUAUUCCUUUUAAUUUUAAAAAUGUUAAAGGCAAAACUUUUGUAAAAGAUGGUAUCAUUUAUAGGCACUGUAGCUUUUAUUUUCUGCUAAGGCCAUUGUUCUUGUAAAAUGUUUACAAAUGUCUAAUAUUUAAAAUAGUUUUUGAGUUGUAUUUGCAUACAAGACUAAAAUCCCCAAAAGGUGUAAGAUGUUUUAUGGCUGUGAUUUUGGCUUGUUCAUGGCAGGUCUCUACUUUUGCUGAAGUUUUAAUAAAGGUG